AAUAGUGGUUUAUUUAGCAAAGCCACAGUAGAAGAAAUGAUAUUGCCUGUUCUGAAUGAAAGACUUAGGUGCAAUAAAAAUUAUAAUCACUACCAAAGUCGUAUCAAAUGGUUUAAGAGCCGUUGGAAUGCUUAUUCAACACUCUUGAAGUUUAACUCUGGUUUUGGCUAUGACAACAACACCAAAAAAUUCACGGCAUCAGAUGAAGUAUGGGAUGCGUAUAUAGAGGCUCACCCAAAAGAUGCAUACUUACGCACUGAGAGUUUUUCGGAUUUUGAAGACUUGGGGAUUGCUGUUGGAAACGGUGUGGCUGUAGGAAGAAACGCAGUUGGAUUGGACAGUGCUACUGAUGCUAGGACAAUAGGAGUUGAUGAAAGUAGAGGUCCGCACAUAGAGGAGUUGAAUUACGAUGCUGAUAAUGAGGCGUUUAUAGUACUGGGUCAAGAUGAUCCACUGUUAUCCGGCUCCAAAUCACCUUUGGCAUUCACUGAAGUGCCUGUGGAGUCCACUCAGAGAAGAGCUCCCGCCAAAAGAAGCAGAUGCCAGUUUGAGACAAAUUCAAGCCACACUAAAAAUAGUUCGCAUCAGGAGUUCAUGUGUGGCCUGAAUUUGUCUCAAACUGGCCUCUGCUUCUUUUGGCAAGAGCUCUUCUCUGAGUGGACUCCACAGGCACUUCAGUGA